AUGAGCGACCGAGCCGUUCCAGCAGUAGAGGAGGAACUGGACUAUGAGGGUCUUGGUGACAAUGUCCCACUCCAUAUCAACAUGAUCGCUGGCUCACUUGCAGGAAUCAGCGAGCAUGCUGCCAUGUAUCCUGUUGAUGUGAUUCGGACACGCAUGCAAGUUCUCUCGGCAACGCCAGCUGCCACCUACACGGGCGUGAUACAGGCAUUCAACCGAAUCAGCAACUUGGAAGGCAUGCGCACACUGUGGCGUGGAGUGGCAAGUGUGAUCAUGGGCGCUGGUCCAGCACAUGCGGUUUACUUUGGCACCUACGAGACGGUCAAGGAGGCGACAGGCGGGAAUCGCGAGGGACAUCAGUUUGCCAGCACAGCGUUUGCUGGCGCAUCCGCCACCAUUGCCGCCGAUGCCUUUAUGAACCCGUUCGACGUGAUCAAGCAACGUAUGCAGAUGCACGGCUCGCAAUACCGCACCGUCCUGCAGUGCGCAUCGACCGUCUACAGGAAGGAGGGUCUGCGUGCAUUCUAUGUCUCGUAUCCCACUACACUCACCAUGACGGUGCCCUUCACAGCGGUCCAAUUCUCGGUCUACGAGUGGGCUAAGAAGGUGCUCAAUCCUUCGGAAAGCUAUUCGCCGCUCACACACGUUUCGGCAGGUGCCUUCUCGGGCGCGGUAGCAGCUGCGGUCACGAACCCGCUGGAUGUGGCCAAGACGCUCUUGCAGACCCGCGGCAGCAGCACCGAUGCACAAAUCCGAAAUGCCUCUGGUAUGUUUGAGGCGUUCAAGAUCAUCAACGCACGAGAAGGACUUAAGGGCUUCGCACGUGGUCUCUCGCCACGCGUGCUUACGUUCAUGCCUUCGAAUGCACUCUGCUGGUUGUCGUACGAAGGAUUCCGCUUCUUCCUCAACGAGCAGUCCAAGGCAUCGGUUUAA